GAUAAUUGAAGCGCAGUAAAAAAAAAGCUUGUGAAAAAACGAAAUAGUGAAAAAGAAAUUCAGAUAGUGCAGCAGAUAAAGCGUAUAAACGCUGCAAGUGAGCCAAGCAAAGUGUUCCAUAGACGCCACCACAUCCAAAGAGGCACAAAUCACGUCCAAGCACAGCGCACAUUAAUCAAAUAACAGCUGCAAUAUGUCGGAGGAGGAGCUGGCGCCAAUUAACGAACAGGACUUUAAGGACCUGAAGGAGCGUAUGAAACUGAUUGUCGACGCGGAUCCCAGUCAGUACCACAACGAUUUCUCGCUGCGUCGCUUUCUGCGCGCGUUCAAAACCACAGAUGCCGCUUUCCAAGCUUUGCUCAAGACAAACAAAUGGCGUGAAUCAUAUGGCGUGGCUAAGCUGAACGACGUGGACUGGAGUAACUUUAAGAACAAGGCGCGUGUGUUGCGGCAUCGCGAUUGUGUUGGCCGUCCAGUGAUUUAUAUACCAUCCAAGAAUCAUAACACGGCUCGUGACAUCGAUGAGCUGACGCGUUUCAUCGUCUGCAACCUGGAGGAGGCGUGCGCCAAGUGCUUCGAGGAGGUCACCGAUCGUUUGUGCAUUGUCUUCGAUCUGGCCGAGUUUAGCACCUCGUGCAUGGAUUAUCAGCUGGUGCAAAAUCUUAUCUGGCUGCUGGGCAAGCAUUAUCCGGAACGUCUUGGCGUCUGUUUGAUUAUCAAUGCGCCGGGCAUUUUCUCGACCAUCUGGCCGGGGAUUCGUGUGCUGCUCGAUGAUAACACCUCGAAGAAGGUGAAGUUCGUGAGCAAUGAGGCGGAUCUGUGUCAAUACGUGAUACCAGAUAUAUUGCCAACGGAUAUGUAAUCGCUUUAGCUUUCGCGCUCGUUCCAAUUAGUCAUAGUCACACUUAGACACAUAUCUCCAUGAUGAGGCAGGCGGAACGAUUGAGACGACGUGUACCUUCUACUACUACUACUACUACUAGCAACCAACCUAAGUACCUAAGACGACGUUGUAUUUGUAUCUGUGCAGAAAGAUAGAGGAUCUAACAUACAUAGUUUGUAAACUCCACGAAAUCAAUGUCUUUAAUUUGUAGUGUUUUGUCAUUGUAUUUGUGCAUACAAUGCGAUAUUUUAGAUAAAUAUUUAUCUACGCAUGUAUUACUGUUUAUUUAUAGCGUAAAUAUAUAUAUA